AUGGCGGAGAGCGGAGACGUAGAUUUGGGACAGCUGUCUGCAAGUCAGCAAGAGUCCCUCCAGCAAUACACAAGCGUCACAAAUCAGGAGCUCAAGGAUGCGAUACCGCUGUUGCAGCGAUCGCAAUGGAACGUCCAGAUCGCCAUCGCCAAGUUCUUCGACGGCGAAGGCCCUGAUCCUGUCGCAGAGGCAAUGGCACAGGACAUCCCCCGGACAGAAGCGCGGCACGAAAACCUUCAAGAGAGUCUGCUUGCCUCUGCAGCUCGUCCACCGGCUCCUCGGAGAGAUCGACCCGACCCCGCGCCGCGAAUCGUUCCUCAACCGAAUACAGUCCACCGUCCACCAUUCCUGAUCGGGUUGCUCCUGGCACCCUUCAGCAUCGGUUACAGCAUCGCAUCUAAGGUGUUUCGGACCGUCUUCUACCUGCUCAGUUUUCUUCCCCGACAGAUCCGGCCACGGGCCAUCACGAGCGGGCCGGGGAAUGGACUGCGGAGUACCAAUGGGCGCCGGAUGCUCAUGCCCCGAGACACGGCCGCACGUUUCAAGCGUGAAUUCGAGGAAGAAUAUGGAAGCACCGAAUUGCCCUGGUUCGAGGGCGGUAUUGCCCAGGCACAAGACCUGGCCAAGAAGGACCUCAAGUUCUUACUUGUUGUUCUCAUGUCGCCCGAACACGACGAUACCGAAUCUUUCACGAGGGAAACUUUAUUGAACCCGGAUGUUGUCAGCUUCAUCAAUGACCCGGCGAACAAUGUUAUCUUGUGGGGCGGCAACAUCCUGGACUCUGAAGCGUACCAGGUCGCCCAGGAAUACAACUGCACAAAGUACCCAUUUUCGGCGAUCAUCUGCCUCACGCCCAAGGAAGGAAGCACUAGAAUGAGCAUCAUCAAGCGGCUUGCUGGCCCGAUGCCGGCUACUGCGUACCUUGCGGAAGCUCAGAUUGCCAUCAACAAAUACGCACCAGAUCUAGCAGGUGUCCGAGCAGAGAGGACAGCACAAGAGGUGGCACGCAGUCUGCGAACUGAGCAAGAUACGGCCUACGAACGAUCGUUGGCCAAGGACAGGGAGAGAGCGCGACAGCGGCGCGAGGCGGAAAAGGCCGCGGCAGAAGCUGCACGCAAAGCCGAGGAAGAAGCCGAAGCGGCAGCGAGGCGCGAGGAGCUUGGCGAUAAGUGGAAGCGCUGGCGGGCGACGACUAUGGAAGACGAGCCACCAGCCAGCAACAAGGAUGUGGUACGGAUUGCGCUGAAGAUGCCCGAGUCGUCUGGGGCUGGAAGAAUCGUGCGCCGGUUCCGCAACGACACAACGAUGGAAACGCUAUACGCUUUCGUGGAGUGUUACGAUGUGUUGACGGCAUCAGAGGAAGUGUCAGAGAAGGCGGCUGUCAAGCCCGAGGGCUACGAGCACGAGUAUCAGUUCCGCAUUGCAUCUGUGAUGCCCCGGGUGGUGUACGAACCCAGCAAGGAGGAAACGAUGGGGCAGAAGAUUGGGCGGUCAGGGAAUCUGAUCGUGGAGGAAGUGUCGGCCGACGGCGAGUCAGACUCGGGCGAAGAAUACUCGUCGUAG